UAUAUAAUAAAAACGGAGAGAUGUGAACGCGGCGCGGUUUCGUUCGCUAGUUAUCCCGCGAGUACGGUAAUAUAUACAUGUAUUUUGAAGUCUUUUUUGGAUUUUCAACGUUUGCACACUUCAAUCGGAGACCCUCGAGCAGUCGGCUGAAUAACAAAAUUUCUGAGCACAUAUCGGCGUCUGUAACACCCCUCCAUGUUUGUCUGGAGGAACAGGGAGGACCAGAACUGGGCUCGUGUGACGCCUCGGCUCGCAAGUCACAGGUCAAGGGUAAUCAAGAAUAUUGGGAGGACAAGACAAAUUCAGUGGCAUCACGAACAACCGAGGCAGGAUCUACUACAAGUGGGUCCGGGGAGCUAAGACACAGCCAGCCAAGCAUGGCAAAUACCAUAAGCAACAUGAAAAUGACUAACCCCAUAAAGGGGCUUGUCAGUAAAAGGCGCAAACGCUUCACGGAAGAUGGCUUCAAUCUUGAUCUGUCAUAUAUACGGGAUAACUUGAUUGCCAUGGGUUUCCCGGCGGAAAAAUUGGAGGGCGUUUACAGGAAUCACAUAGACGAUGUCGUCAAAUUUUUAGAGUCCAAACACAAGGAUCAUUAUAAAAUUUAUAAUCUCUGUGCCGAGCGAACAUACGACUUCAAGAAAUUCAAGCAACGAGUUGCUAUCUAUCCGUUCGACGAUCACAAUCCACCGAAACUCGAAAUGUUGAGACCAUUUUGCGACGAUGUUCACGAGUGGUUGUCUCAGGACAGAAAAAACGUCGCAGUUGUACAUUGCAAGGCGGGUAAAGGAAGAACUGGUGUUAUGGUAUGCUGUUAUCUGUUACACAUUAAGCAAUUUCCAACAGCAACGGAGGCACUGAAUUUUUAUGGGACUAAGAGAACGCAUGAUAGGAAAGGGGUGACUAUACCUUCGCAGAGGAGGUACGUUGGUUAUUACGCGACUCUCGUUCAAGAGGGUCUUAACUACCAACCGGUUACUCUGGUCCUUCGACAAAUACAACUCGAUCCAGUUCCCAAUUUUAAUGGAGGUCAAGGCUGCUUUCAUUUUGUGAUAUCGGAAUCUAACAAGAAGGUAUUUAGUUCGAAAAUUUACGAUGUGAGAAAAGGAAUGUCAUCAAUGUGCAUUCCCCUGGAUCAAACUGUAGCUCUUACCGGUGAUAUCCGUGUAGAUUUUUUUAACCGGCCAAAGGUGAAGAGAAAAGAAAAAAUGUUUCACUUUUGGUUCAACACGUUCUUCGUGCGAGAACAUUUAACGCCCGAAUACGAGAAUGGUGAAAUACCGAUCGAAAGAUCGACGAGAGCAUUGAGCUGUGACGGUACGGCUAUGGAAUUGCCAAUGGUAACGUCGCAUGCGAAACCAAGAGCCGGCUCGUUAGCGAGCCUUGGGCCGAUGCCACCGGCUCUCGUUUUAAGCAUAGAUAAAUGGGGUUUGGAUGGUGCGCACAAGGACAAACAUCACAAGGACUACAGUGCGGAUUUUAAGGUUAGUUUGUUAAUGCAUCGAAUGGGUGGUGGAAUGACGCAGGCAGUGCCCGCGAGCGUACCGAGGUCAGGCGGUGUACAGAUAGGGAUGAGCGGGCAAGAAACGCCAAGCGAGUCCAGCGAAGCUGACAGUAGUGAGUGCGACACGACGGGUGACGAGGACGGUUGGGAAUCAGUGGACUUGGAUCAGCGUGUGGGCCGGUACCGCCUUCUCUCCGAUGGAGGGAUGAUAGAUGUUUUGUGAGAGACCCUCGUCGUCCAUCAUCUUCAUUCACCCUUGAGCCUCCGAUCGUAUCACUGAGAUUAACUGAGUCUUAAAGCUCUUACGAUCGUGCAUUGUCGCGUCGUUUCAUGUCUAUGUGAGCAAAGAAACAAAAACGAUCCCUUCGGAGCAUUAUUGUCCGAAUAAUUCGCUAACACCAUCGACGAUCAUCGAACUAUUUCCUGCCCAUUUUAUCGUGUCUUUGAAUCUCGAUUAUCAUCAUCAUCGUCAUUAUUCAGGGACUAAAAUCUUGUGGCUGAUUAUCGCGUUGCUAUAAUUCGAGACAUAGAAAAGAGAAUUUUUCAAUGAAUCAUCUGCAAAUUAUUAACAUUUUUCUUAAAAACACCAACGAUUAGAUGUGAACGUUCAUUUCGAUAUUUCGAGUUUCUGUGAUAGAAAAUUCGCUCUGUUUACAUUGAUGAGUUGAUGCUGAAUUUUGUAAAACUGCCUCCCACAUCGGGGAUUAACACAAGAAACGAUAAUAUUUUAGAAACUUUGUCUCGAGUGAAGAAGACGUUAAGUCGAUAUGAAAAUACUUUUUAUAAAAUUGCCCAUCAUUUUCUUCCCCGCUCGUUUUCAUCUAUCGAUGGAGUUUCGUUAGACGAUGAUCAAAGAUAAUGGUGACAAGCAAUAAAUUGAGAACCUCCGCAAUCUAUUUGUACUAACGAAUUCUUCAUUAACAAUUGCUCAGCGUGCACAUAUUUUAUGAUUUUUUUGCGUUAAAUGCGCGGUUUAUAUCCGGCCUUCGGUCAUUUUCAACUUCUUCAUUAUCAUUAUUUCAUACAUGUGGAGAAUAAUAUAGUAUUCGUCAGAAUGCAUAAGUUUGUAGAGCAAAUAAAAAAAAGUUUCUGCGCAGAGCUUUAAGGAUCGUAGGCACUUAGUGUCACCGCAUAUUUUGUCUCGAUGGGCUUUGGCAGAUUCCUCGUUUACAUUUAAAUUCAUUUCAAUACAACUUGUCAUUGAACAAAAUCUUUUUAUCAUUUUCAAUCAGUUUAUUUUGAAGGGAGACGAUUUAUAUCGUCACUUCCGCCCCGAUGAGGUGAUAAAUAUUGACAGAAUCUUUCGAUGAAAGUAAAAAAACAUGAAAUGUUUAAAAACACUAAAUCCUUCAAGUUCCAAUCUUCAUUUCUCUUAAGCACAACACCUUAAACCGCUCUCGACACGAAUAACCUGUUUUUCCAAUAGCAUUUUUGGGUUAUCGACGAAACCAAUUCAGACAUUCCCAUUUCCCAUGCGAUGCAGUUGGGCGAUCUGAGGCAAACGACGAGAUACGAAGAUGAGCGCAGAUUAGAAAUAGGAAAGGAGUGUCGGGAAGCGGCGAAUGAACGAGUCACGUAAUUGUAACGUAAGAAUGAAAGAAAAAACGAAAAAGGAGAAUCGUUGGAAGAACGAGGGAUGGAGAGGAUUUGUGAGGAGGCAAAAUGACGAUGAAGAAAAAUUAACGAUAUAUAAAAGCAAGACUAUUUUCAUAAGUGAUAAUUUAUAAGUCAAUAAUAUGCGUAACGAAAGAGAGAAUGAGAGUGCGAGGGAAUGUGAGCGUAAUUUGACAAUUAAACGUAAAAAAAUUGACAAAAAACAGAAAAGAAAAAUAACUAACCAUGAUUAUUUCUCGCGAUGGUUUUUCGACGCCCUGACCGUGGUCCAUGAUCACAUCUUAAUCGGUAUCACCUCAAAAGGCAAAUUCAAGCGACAGAAAAUAUACUGAGAAAUUUUGUAGUAUCGUCCAAUUGAUUGUUCAUAAGAUUUACGAAUAUAAAAAGCAAUCCGUGUCUGUGAAAAUGGCGUGUGUGUGUGUGUGUGUGUGCGUGCGAUGUGUGUCUGCGUAUGUGCGUAGGUCCGUUUUGUGAAUGAAAUUGAGACUCGACGUCGAGAGAAAAAGAGAUUUAUUGAAUUUGAAAACCUCAUCCGAAGGCGAACACGAAUUUUCGUUAUUGCCCAUCAACACUGUUUGAAUAAUUAUCUAACUCGAUUAACGACCAAUUAUCAUGCACGUGUCUGUGUAACGCAUAUGUAUGUAUAUAUAUAACUCAUAAUUUAUCUAUAUUUACAUAUGUGUUAGAAUUUACAAUAAGUAUUCGAACAGUACAAAGGCUUAACAUGAAUCAUUUGUUGUUCUGAGCAAGAAUAAUGGGUGAAACAGAACAUGAAAUAUUCUUUUAAGGAAGGAACAAAAGAUUACCACGCUCAAAAUUACACCCUCAGCGCUGAUGGACAUGCUCGUUGCUUGAAAAGUUGUUUAUCGCUCACGAUUUGCACUAGUUAUUUAUGCGUUUCUGAUUUUCUCACUCGUUUGUUUUGUGAUAAAAUGAAUAGAAGUUUUCAAUAAUUUCAUAAUAUUUCAAAAAUUUUUAAGAAAAAAAUCUUUAAUUAUGAUUAUCCGGGUAGACUCGAAAUAUACGUGGAAAAUAAGGAGAAACGUUGGGCUGUAAUUUUGAGCAUGUGUUAAUCUUCGCACUUGCCACUUACCGGUGCUAGCAUAAAUAUAUAUUUUUUUUUGCAAUAGAGCGGUCCUAUUGAGAAAAAAAAUAAGAUGAAACAAUAUGAGAAUGAGCCUUCUCACAUUCAACGAGUAUCAGUUAUACGAACGUUAAUACACCAUGAAGGAGCGUCGUACACACGCGUAUCUCUACACUCACUAAAAAUAAGGAAGGAACGAAGAAAGAAGAGAGAAAAGGAAAUGAAUACGUUAUGAAGGAACUCUUCCUUUGUGGCGAGGGGAUUUGGACCUCUUGUAGAAAUAAUGACAUUAGUUCUCGAGGAAUGAAUGUGAAAAUGCGAUUCGUGCGACGAUGUACUUUCGUGAUGUAUCAAAUUGGAAGCCAACCCUUGUGAUUAUUUCAUAUGCAAAAUUGAGAAAAUCCAAUCAAAAGUUGAAUCAAAAUAAAGGAAAUAAAAGUAGCAAGAGCCAAGCAUUUGCGGAGCAACAUUGAUCGUGUGAUUUAUCUUCUUUUUCAAAAAUUUCUCAUUUUUUUCACUAUAUUUUUAUGACGUGCGACAUCAUUUAUCACAAGGACGUCAGGAGGGUGUACAGUUGACAACUAAUGUCGUGACAAUAGUAAUAUUGAAGGUUAAAAAAAAAGAGCGAUCGAGCGAGCGAGAGAUCAAGAUUAUUUAUCUGUAUCCCGCUUGUAAGAUUAUCAUAAAAUAAUAAUCAGCGAAAUUUCAACGAGUCUCCAAAUAGAUGAUUGGAGAAACAGAAGAUAUUAAAUACGGGGAUAAUAGAUUUCAGUUUUUCCUUCACUUCUCAUCACAGGACGAACAACUAUUCUACAAUUUAUUGAAUAAAUUAUCGAAUUUGAAUUGAUUGUACAUAGGAAUUUUUGAACUGUAUUAGAGCCACAUUAAUCGCGAUGAGAAACCAACAUUUCCCAGUCGAUCGAACGGGACACGAUUCGCUUUCUGUAACUCUUUGUUCAUGGUACAUUUAUAAAUAUAUAUACAUAUAUAUGUAUAUAUACAUAUACAUGUAUAAUAUAAAAAAACACGAAACAAAAAUAAUAUGACACGAAGGAAAGUUAGAAAAUAAAAGGAAAAUCGAAGGUUAAUUUAAAUAUACGUUUAUUUCGAGCGAAUUUCAUACUUUCACCUUUUGUCUUUCAUGCACUCCUGGAAUCGGCCAAUAAUAUUUCCAUACGGUACUUUUGUGUAAGUUUAAGCGCGGCUUAUUGCAUGCGAGCAAAUAUAUUUUCAUUGAAUCAAAUAACUCAUUAACACCUCGCGUGGGAAUACGACAAAUCCCCGUUUUCGCCUAAAGUACAUUUAGCAAAAUCUUCGUACAUGGGAUUCUGCUAAUUUGCCAUAUUUAUCUUUUCUCCCCUUUUGUUACACCGAUGCAAACGUGUCGCUCACAGCAGUGAGUAUCAUUCGAUUCAAUCAAUUAUUCAAUUACAGAAAAUAUUUGGGUUGAAUAACCGACCAAUUGUAUUCUCAUCUCGAAAUCAACAUUGGAAAAUCAGUCAUUUAUUUUCAGUGAGGAAAUCGAGUUCUUUUCUUUGCUUUUGAUGAAUCAAGUGAUGCUCGCUUUCGUUGUUUUGUGCUUUAGAGAGCAGAAUUAAUAAUCAUUUUGAUCGCAAUGUAAUUUUAGUAAAAUCAUGACGCACUCGAAAAAAAAAAAAAAUUGAAGAUACAAACAUGACUGACACUGGGUCUGCUUGCAGGGGAAUCCACGUAUUUGUGACUUUGAGACAUGACUGAUGGCGGGCCAAUCAGAGCUAAACUCCUCACAGACGAUCAACUCCCGACUGCAACACAACGCUUGAUUACCAAUUGAUCAAUCGCAAAUACAUCAAUCAUCGCAUCUCCCGCCUGCCAUCCGCUAAGCAUGAUGUUUGUUUUUUUUUGUUUUUUUUUUUUUUUAAUUAAUAUAUAUUUUUUUUUCUUCUAAUCGACCAACCGCAUCCCUUUGGUCCUUCCCUAGAUAAUCGAUUCGAUAGGACAACGCAUUCGGAUAUUCGGAUCGUCAUGAUAAAUGGUGUUAUUUUAGUGGGAUUCGAGAGACGUGCUUGAAUCGGGGAGAAACUUGAUUUAAAUUUCGUUUUAAACUAUGAAUCAAUCUAGUUUUUUUUGAUAUAAUCAAUAAAAAAUUCCAAAGAUUCGUGAUUUCGAAAGAAUAGAAUUAUUGAAAAACACUCUCGGUGAUGUGUAGCAGAUUUAAAAAAUGUUCAAAUCAGUAUAUUCAUUCGCUUUACUUUUCUGUGAUUUCUCAUUUUCAAACACGUCCCUCGGGACUCUAAUUCAUUAAAUCUUAGUUUAAUUUCCGGCGAUGAAGGAUCCGGGCGUAGAUGAAGGAUCUGAGAUGAGUUUAUCAGGACAAAACUAUCAACUUGCACAACAAUGUUAAAACUUGAUGAGAUUUAAUCUAUAAGUAGUGUUUUUGUGUGCUGAAACGUGACGAUUAAGAAUAUCAUGUUGAAGGCCACUGUGAUUAAAAACGUCUUGACGUUAGUUAAUUAGGGACAUUCUUUAUUUAUUUAUUUAGCAAGAUGAGGGUUAAUCGGAACAGUAAUGAGCCCGUAUUUCUCGAUGUUUAUUAUUAUUGUUUACUAGACUUCUUGAUAAACUGCGAUUAUGAGCGAGCAAUUGACCUUUUUUUACGAUUCAACAUCUCCCCGGCACAUUCGAUUGAAUUUGUUUUUUGUUUGUUCGUUUGCGAAUAUGUAACCGUUGCAAGCAGAUUGGCGGAUGGAAAACAAUGCUAACGUUACGAAUCACGAUUACGAUUCGCCAGCCUUUUCAUCGAUCGACUAAAUUUUGUUUUGGCCUCUGGUCUUGGCCCCCGAGUACUAAAACUGUGAAUAGAAAUUUUUAAAACUCUUGACCCCAACCUGUCGUCAUUUUUGUACAUUUUCUGUUACUCUUUUCUCUCUUCGAUCCUGAUGCGGUGAAACCGCUUUGUUACAAUAAUCAUCGAGCGAAAGUAGUCCCGGUACCGAAGCAGAUUCAACCAAUGAGAAAAGUUUAAAUGCCUUUCGAGGAAAUAUAUCGAUAUGACGUACGACGUAUUUUUAAAAGAAUCAUUUCGCAUUCAACCUAUAGAGUACAAAGAUGUUGACUUGAUCUCAAAUAGGAUAAAAAGAUAAAGAUGAAAAAGAAAAAACGGUUUAGUAAGUUGAGUCUCCGCGAAAAGAAUUUAGCAUAAAUUCAUUAGCUUGAAAUGACUUUUUUCACGUCUUGCAACAGAAACAACGAAUGAGAUCAACCAUGAAAAGUGCACAAUUGAGCUGCGUGGAUUUGUUCACACUGUAAGCGUGACCAAUUUUACUUUAACUCUAUUUGGCAUUGUAAAGCGCAAAUUGACGUACGCAAAAGAAAAAAGAAGAAAACACGACACGUUGCUAGAUUCGAAAGUACUAUGUUUUCUUAGUACGGCUCCUUUUUCCACAUCACGAUCUAAUUGAUUGAAGUUUUAAUUUAUUUAUUACAGUUAAAUAUAGAUGCAAGUUUUAAAAUAUAUCUAAUCGUUUUUACAAUCGGAAGGUACGAGCAAUAAACAGUGUAAAACGAGUAAAAAUACGCAUAAAAAAAGUUUAUUAAAUUUACAGCCUACAAUUCAUCGGGGUUUAUAUUUGUUUGAUAACGUUUCGGCGUGGCAAUGUCAAAUAGUAUACAAAAAUGUUUUUUUUUUUUUUUUAAAUCUUUAUUAACAGCAACUUGCGCUUUGCUGCCUUGAUAGAAGGUCAGGCUUGAUGAGAGCAACGAAAGCAAUCGAUGUCUAGCACCAUUGCGUCGAAAUGUUAUUUUCACUUAUUUCUUAGAUUCUUCAAAUCGAAUUGCUGCUUAAACCGAAAAGAUUAUUCAACUUUUUCUCAAUAUCAAUAGCGAACAAGCCUAAUCCAAAUGGAUCGACUCGUUUCACAGAAUCGAUGAUCUUUGAUUACCCUUAGGGGAGUGUAGGACGAUGAGAGUGCGAUAAAAUCGUUGCUUGUACGGUGAGAACCGUUGUUUAUUGGCUAUGUGAUCUUAACUUUAUAAUUUAACGUAGAAUUUAGUAGGCUCGAUAGAUAGGGACAGCAAUCAUAAAUUUAUACUCCUCUUGUAACUCUCAUAGCGUUUUUUCUUCUCUUCUUUUUCUUUUGUGUCGAACUAUUUUAUAUCCGGGAUACAGUAUUGUCAUGAAAACAUUUGAAAUUGUGAUCGAGGAGGAUACGACGAAAGUUUUUGUACGUGCGUGAGUUUGCGACAAUGAAAAGAAAAAGGAGGAAAAAUUGAUUGUAAUUUGUUUUCGUUGACGACGAUGAGAGAGUCGUCGAUAAAAUGUUUGAGUCAAUUACAAGUGUGCGUGCUUCGACGAUCGUCGAGACACGAAUUGAGAGGAAAUUGCGAUGAAAAAUCAUCUGGAAUUAUUGUAAAUCAAUGGAAAAAAUUCUACGUCAAAGUU